CGUAUGUUUUUGAGCAACAGGUGGAGACCAUACAACCAAAAGAGAAAACUACAAGUGAUCGUUAACGGUAUGCGACAUCCUACUCUUCUGUUUUCGUGAUUUGAAGUUAUCACCGAAACUUGGUCAAUGAACAUUGAUUAUGCAAGCCAUUACGUUAAUGUAGAGCAUCGUUACAGAAGUGAAAUCUUUGGUGAAACUUUUCACGGUAGCCUUUCCAUAUUUGGGUGGAUUUAAAGGUGAAUAGAAAAGGACAGGGAAUACCUAACCAUUUAAAAGUGAAAGCGUGGUAACAUGUAAUGCGGAGUAUCAGAAUCUUUCCAGUAGGCCGGUACGAAAUAUUACAAUUGAAAACUACUUUUGAUACAUUAUAUUACAAGUGUAAUCAUCCAUUAUGGAUUAUCGCUUAUGAAUUAAUGUUUAUUAUACAAUUAAAGUUAUUCGAUAAUAUUAGAGGUUCCAUCUGCGAGAAAUCGUCGGAAUUGUCGUGUCAAUGGUGUGCCAACUGUUUCACAGAUGGCGCCACGAACAUUUUCUAUCGCUUCUACGAAUAGUAUAGAAAAUUAAAUAUUAAUUAAAAUCGUUACCACCGAGAAAUUAUCAAUACUUAAUGCAGUAUUAAAAAAAACUUCAGAGCACGACUCAGUGACGUUAAAUAAAAAAUUAAAUUACAUUUUUCAACGAUUUGAAAUGCCAAUUUAAAUUCUCCCGCUGAAAGAACGAUUACUCGUUCUAAAACGAAUCUGAAAGAGAAACGAAAAUGGCGGACUAUUGCUUAGUAAAAACUCGUUGAUUAUCCCGUUAUCGGAUGCACCGAUAGAAUUCUGGAAGAUACUAAAAAAAGCACGGUGAACGAUAAGAAAUCGAAGUUGCGAGGAAGAAUGUGAGGUGCAAAAUCAAUUCAUGGUUUCUGGUGCAUUUUGAUACGGUCGCUUAACUGAGCAAGUGUAUAAAAUGCCGUGACUAAAAUUUGCGACGUUUUGACACGUUUACAAACUGAAGAUUUUCGUGUUGAAUUUUGUGAACGUCGUUUAAAGGAGGAAACUCAUCGAUGGUACAAUAAGAUAGGCCGGUCCAAGGCGGAGCGAUUGUCCAUAGAGGGUGUGAAAUCACUGUACAUACACACUAUGACGAAUUGUCGUCUUUGGAGCAAUGCAAAAGAGUCUCCCUUCUUUUUCUGUCAGACCUGUGUAUUUUUAGUGUCGCACGAUCCCAUUAAAAAUGCAUACCUGUGAACAUUAAAGUCAACAAGUGACAAGUGUUAGCAUAAUUGAUCUACUUGGGUAAAAUACAAUUUUAUUUACAUAAGAGGUGUUAGAUGCUUAUCAAUCAUGAAGAAACAAUUCUUCAGAGUUAAACAGCUCGCAGAUCAAACAUUUUCUAGAGCUGGUAAGACGGAAGUACUCACAGAUGAUUUACAAGCUGCAGACAAACAUGUUGAACAAAUUAGGUUGGCGCUCCUUGGAUUAAGCAAAAGGCUUGCUAAUCCUCCAAAUCAAACUAUAGCACAGGAUGUUGUGAUUAAAGAAAAGCGGCUGAAAAAAUGUCCGGAAUAUGUAUUAGGGCAAACAAUGCUAGAAAACGCUCCCGAAGAUGGCCUCAUGGGUUUUACGCUUAUAGAAUGUGGUCGCGCACAAAUGUAUUUAGCAAAUGAAACAAUUGAACACGAAGCAAAAGUCGAACAAUAUGUAACAAGUCCUCUACAACAUAUUUUAGAUACUGAUGUACCAAAUAUAUUAAAGCAUAAAAGAAAUUUAGCUCGGUUAAUCUUGGAUAUGGAUAGCGUGAGGACAAGAUAUCAGCAAGCCAGCAAGCAUAGUGCCAGUGCGGGUGCAGCGAAGGUGGACAGCUUAAGAGAAGAAUUAGAAGAGGCUGAAGCUAAGGUCGAACAAUGUAGAGAUCAGUUAGCUGCAGAAAUGUUUCAGCUUAUGUCACGAGAAACUGAAUUAGCGCAUACUAUUAUCCAAUACGUGAAACUUCAAAGAGCUUAUCAUGAAAGUGCAUUACAUUAUUUGGAAGAACUUAUUCCAGGAUUAGAGAGUUAUAUAAAUGACAAUGAAAUGAAACCAGUUUAUGGUUACCCACUUGAAGAGCAUCUUAGGGUGACCAAUAGGAAGAUCGCAUUGCCUAUCCAAUUAUGCGUGUCUGCCCUGUUACGACUAGGUAUGGAAGAAGAAGGCCUUUUUAGAAUAGCCGGUGCAGCGUCGAAGUCGCGACGAAUUAAGUUAAGUUUAGAUGCCUGCUGUCUUACAUUACCAACUGCUUUGGAAUACAAAGAUCCACACGUAAUUGCUGGCGCGUUAAAAUCUUAUUUAAGAGAACUUCCAGAGCCUCUUUUAACAUACAAAUUGUAUCCCGAGUGGAUGGCAGCGGCAAAGAUAACAAACAAUGAAACAAGAUUGAGGGCUCUGUGGGAAGUAUUACAUAAAUUGCCACCCGCAAACUUAGAAAACUUACGGUUCCUAAUUAAAUUUUUGGCUGUACUCACCAAGAAUCAAGAUAUAAAUAAAAUGUCGCCGCAAAAUAUUGCUAUUGUUAUUGCGCCUAAUUUAAUAUGGAGUCCACAAGAGGAUGCGAAUACAAUGGUAAUGAAUAUGAGCACAGCUAAUAAUUCUAGUCUUAUAGUGGAUCAGUUGAUUACAUACGCAAAUUGGUUUUUUCCUGGUGAAAUAGAUUUUGAUCGUGAUUUGGAUAUCGGCAUUUUAAACGGCAUGCGUCGUUGCGUUUCGAAUAGUAGUCUCAGUGAUCACGGUGAAAGUCCUCCGCAAGGUAGUCCUAAGCCAGCAGCUCGUAGAAAAAAUAAACCAGCUCCGACACCACCGAACAGCACCACUCCAGAUAAACAUGACAAAAAACCCGACGAAAAACCGCCACCUACUCCCGACAAACCACCUAGACCUUUAACAUCUGCGACUCUUAAUCGUCCGAUACAUAAGACUCAUAAACACGAUGUGAUAAAUACAGAGUUAUCAAUCAAACAUGAGAAUAAUAUAGAAAAGCAUGACGCAAAUAUAGAGGUUGAAGCCAAACAGCAAAGCCACGAUGCGAGUGUAGCUGUAGAUCACCAAUCUCUGGGUUGCUCAGAGCACGUUAACGAAGUACCAGAUGAGUUGCGUAGCAUGCACACAGAAGUAGACGAGAGAAACCAAGAAAUGCAGAAACCUGAAAGGAAGUUGAACACGAUGAUGAUGAACGUAGAGAAAAGUUCCGGGGAGAUUUCGUUGAACAACAAGUCAGAGGCAGAGAAUUCUGAAACUUCGAUACAAAGGAUAAAACCGGUAAUUACAGAGAAACCUCAUCCUUCGACAUUGGAGAGACGAAGACCAGUCGCUGCUCCGAGAAGUAUGACCAAUGUAAUACAUAACACAGAGGAAACAGUCGAGUUACGCAGAAAGUUGGACAAUAGUAGUUCCACGAAUAUAAGCACACUGGACAGAACCAGCAAACCCGCUAUACCGGAACGGCCUGCUGGAUUGAUUCGACCUUCGAGCCUCAUCAGACAACAUCCGCGUCACAGUAACGAAAAUUUAGACACUGAGACAGGACCUUUAACUUUGGAAAGAGCUCAUGUGUAUUCGGUGGACAAACAACAGGUCAGUAUAAUACAAGUGCGUGGCAAUGGCAAUGUGUUCUGCUCAACGGGCGACAACAAUGGCAACAUGGCUUCGAACUUGCAGAGAAGCCCGAGUGUAGGUAGUCGACCGUCAUCUAUGUCCUUGUACGGUGAACGAUCGGAAAAGCCUGCAAAGCUAUGUGCACCGGAACAAACGAAAGCUCACGUACGAACCAGAUCGGAAGGGAACAUUAUCGAUGUUCAAACACAGACUGAAACUGUAGUAGCUCUUAAAUCGCCGCAACAACCUGUCCCAGCCUCGCCGAGGUUCCAUCGGUUCCAUCAAAGACCUCCAAGGCCACAGCCACCGCCACCACCGCCGCCCACCGCACGGCUUAAAGUGGAUCAAGAAAGUACCAAUCUCUGAGGUCAAUUGUAUAAAAUGUGAUUAUUAUAUUAUUCAUAAAUGAACUUUUAAAGGAAAUCACUGAUACUUUUAACAAUCGAUGGUUCUAUAACAAGAUGAAUAACGGCAUUAUAGAGAAUGACUGCAAUGUAAGUUUUGUAAAUUUUUCUUAUUUUGAUGGGUGUCGGAAGUACCGAGACUUUCGGCGACUAUGAAAAUUCUUAUCGAGUCAAUAACACCGUGAAGUAACACACUUUCAAUUUCAUUUUUUGUAGAGAGUGCCUAUUCUUACUUCUCUAAAAUAAUAGCAAACGAAUAAUAAGGAGAAACUUGCCCGCAAGUUUUGAUGUUUAAAAUCUGUAAGCAUUUGUAACUGUAUAUUAAAUGUAACUUAAGAAGUUAUAUCUAAUUUUCAUACUUAACUCUGAUAUUUUUGGAAUUUAUCAGUUUUUGUACCUACUACAGUAACAAUGACAGAAGUAUUAUAAAGAUAAGAAAAUAAUUUGAUAAUUGAUCUCUAGCUUGAUAUACGGUUUAAGUUUACAAAUUCUUAUAUUCUCGUGAUCAGAGCCGCCCUUAGAUUCCCUAUUGCAAGGUCUUGCGCACUUGGCGAAACUAGUUAUAUUUGUUGAAAAAUAGUGGAACGAGUAAAUAUUAUUUAUAUAAUUAAAAAGUUAAAAUGUUACUGUUUCAUGUAAGGUUUUUAAUCAGAGGGAAAUGUUUCUUCCUCGGUUUCUUAGUGCCUUUUGAAAUUAUGUGAUCAAAAAUCUAAUUAUAUCUGAUCGUGUAAGUUUAUUAUGUAAAAUUUCGUUGUUAUUUUACUAUAGUUGAAGAUUUUUAAAAGGGAAAUUUUCCCAAACGCACCACUUUUUUAAGGGCGUCCCUGUUCAUAGCGUAAUAUAAAAUAGAAAAUAUUUUAUUUGGUACUGUUUUUAUUGAAUUCAUAUUUAUUUAUGUUACAAAUAAUUCGUACAUACAAGAUUUUUGCUAAACAAUGUUUCAACCAACAAGAAAAUUUCUACAUUGAUUUUAUGAUUUUGAAAGUAAAUGAAUUUAGUAAAUAGUGUAGUGUAAUGAAACAAGAAUGUUAUAAUCAUCAGUGUAACAUAUCAUACGAGUAAACAUUAUUUCAUGAUCGAUAAUUUUGACAGAGAUAAGGUAGCAAAUUUUUCUUAAGUAUCACGUUAUUCUUCCAUUUGAAAAAAGUAUACAACAAACUUGCGUCCGAUUAAUUUUACAUCAAACAAUUGCCAGUAUUUAAAAACAUUAAGGAUACAGCUAAUUUGCAAAAUAAGUGAACCAAAUAUAAUGAUGUGGUAUUUUAAUUAAUACAUUAUUUACCAUACAAAUAAAUUCGAUCUUUUCUUAAAGAGUAAAGAAAUUACUAAACGAAAACUAUAAAGGGCAGUGUGAUUGGCAGAAACGAUUAGUAAAUAUGUAUAAUUAAUUGCAGAACUUUUAAUAGAAAUAAUCUGCAAAAAUAAAAACACUUGAAACGAGAUGUAAAUUUUCAGGGUGGUAAAUAAUGUAUUACAUUGAAAAUGUUAGAUUAUCAUAACGGAAAUUUUUUAUGAAGGAUAAAUAUUUUCUUUCUUAUUUAUGUUACAAAUUUCCUUUUUCUUCUUCCAUUGUUAGGGAAUUAUUUAAUUGCUAUAUCGCUAAAAUAAAAAGGGUUGUGCAUACAAACAAUUAAGAAAAAUUAUAUUACCGACGGAAAUGUAACAUAAAUAAUAAUGACUGUUCGCUUGGUGAUGAAAAUUGAAAAUCUGCAUCAUACGAAUUUUGUUCAUUCCAUUAAAGUUGUGCAAGUAAUCUGUUAAAUUCAUAGUUGUAAUUUAAUUAAAAGACAAUAACAUUAGGAAACGUACAAUAGUAGUUUUAUUAGAAAAAAGUAAAAAGUUUACAGUCUCUUUGACGAUCUUUUAAUAAGUUUCCUAACAAGUUAAAUAAUUUAAUUUGUUUUCAUUAUUUUAAAGAAUCCGUGGAGUAAACCCUGUAUAAAAUACAUCACCAAGUAUCAGCUGGGAAAGUGAAGAGAAUAUUUUGGAGAAAUCAUCUUACGAUUUCUGUCCAAGUCAGACAUGAACUUGUAAGUGGUUUUUCGUAAUAAGUAAUUAACUAAUACAAAAAUAUUUGUUUUAUUUUCUUUAAGUUUUAUUUUUACAAACGGUCUAAAUACAUCUGCAAAUAUUUCAUACUGUUAUGAAAGAAAAUUACAAGUCUUGUAUAUUCUGCAUUUAUCAAUUUGAAAAUAUUUACAAAAGGCAUAGCAUUCUUUAUGCGUUCUAUUAUGUUUAACGGAUAGUAUUUAUGUUCCGUAAUAAGCAACACAAUGAUAUGUAAAAAAAAGUUUUAAAUUACCAUUGUGACAAGUUGUGCAUUUACCUAAGGAGUGCUUAGGCUGUGAAUGUAAUGAAAACUGUUACAGAAUCUAUUUGUACAUAAAUAAAGAAUUUAUGAGAGCAAUGA